UCGUGACCAAGAAGGGGAGCAGACACUCAACAGAAUUUCCUCCUGUGGAGCUAUAUGCUUAUAUUUGAUAUUUUACAAGCUAACGAUAGGAUUUCCUAUUUUUUUCUCUCUUUUCUUUCUCCUUCUGUUUUUAUUUACACCAAUUACUUGACAAAUCUAAAUGGAUCCUAUACUGGAGGUUGUUUGCUUGCUGCUUGGGUUCAUAGGAUGGGUGAUGGUGGGGAUAGCUAUACCGAACCGUUACUGGAAGGUUUCAACGGAUGACGGGAACGUCAUCAUUACCUCGAACAUCUAUGAGAACCUAUGGAUGUCCUGUGCCACGGACUCAACUGGUGUCCACAACUGCCGCGAGUUCCCCUCUCUACUGGCCCUGAACGGAUACAUCCAGGCGUCUCGAGCAUUGAUGAUUGCAGCGGUCGUUUUUGGAUCAAUCGGGCUCGUCGCCACCCUUGUCGGGGCACAGUGUUCUAAAGCGGCCGGAGAGGACAUGGUUCUAAAGGGUAGAAUAGUUGGCGUUGGUGGUGUGCUUUUCUUUCUUCAAGGCCUGUGCACAAUGAUCUCAGUGUCUUGGUAUGCUUUCAACAUCACCCAGGACUUUUUUAACCCAUUCUAUCCCGGGAUAAAGUAUGAAAUCGGAGAGGGCCUCUACAUUGGCUGGUGCUCGGCUGUUCUUGCUCUCACUGGAGGGUCAUGUUUGACAUGUGCCUGCAAACUGGGCACGUCUGAGAAACAACCGUACGAGCCCAGGGGCAGAGUGUACUCUGGAGUUGCACCAUCACGGAGUCAGGCUGCCACUUCCUACGGCCAGGACGCCUAUGUCUGAGAAAGAGAGGGCACACCACUGGACCCUGUGGAUCACCUUCAUUCACCAUGUGUCGAACCUACCAGACACUGUUACACGCACAGCUACUGAGAAGGUGUAAGGGACUGUACGUUAUUUAUGAGGGAUAAAUGGAGAAAAAUCGGACUUCUCUUAAAUGAAAAUGAAUGUCCCUCCCUUCAGUAAAAUAUAUCACCCGACCCUCCCUGAACGUAAAACAACAAGUGACCAACCCCUAUACCCACAAUAAUAUUUAAAACAUUAAGUGGAUAGCGGAGAACAUGCCUACCAUUUACCCUCAAUCAUAGGACAGGCCAGAGCCUUAGAUAUGCAGUUUUAGAAACUGUUCUUCGUUUUAUAAGUAGCCAGAAGGUUGUGGAUUCGCAGACCACCGCACACAAUGGUAGGGGUGAAAAGAUAUACAUUAUAAUAAAAACACUGCAUGAAUCUCUUAUUUUCGGGCUGAGAAAAACGUGCCUUUUAUAAAUGCAUUUCAUGCAAUUCUACACGACUGGAGACAAGCAGAAUCUUUUUUUAACACCACAACAGAGCAUGACAACAAAUGAGCGCAUGCUGCAGCACCGGAGACGUUUUCAUUUCUAUUCAGGGUAUUGUUAAAAAGCAUGAUAGGAACAGUGCUAAAGUUAUCGAUCAAUUGUAGAAAUGUAGUGCAACAGAACCAGUUACAACUGAAGCAACUGAUCAUUAAUGAAUUCAAGAAAAAGCGAUAUGCACUUGUAACUUUUUUCAUUUGGGAAAUAAUGUUCUUAUUUAUUCUAUAUUAUUCCAUGACAUUGUUGUUACAAAAUUGUUUUGUGUUGUCUGUGAUUAGGGCAUGGGAAUACAAGAGCAUCUGCUACAGUAUUCUAAAUUAACAAACUAGGCAUGCAUAGCUCACUGCAUGUUCCUCAAACCAAAGACUGGCCAAACUCAUGUUUCUAAAAGUGAAUUCAAAAGGUACUGUUAAAAUGACUGCACUGUAGAAUAAAGGCAUUUUGUUUUAUUA